AUGGCCUCUCCAAAUGGCGCCAAUGACAAUGCAUUUGGUCGCGUAGGCCAUGGAAAAGUGCCUUGGCACGAGGCUCAGGUGGAGAGCUUGGCCCGAAGCAUCCUGAACCACAUUCCUGAGAGGGCCCGCAUGAUGAUCUUCGAUGACUACGCCUUGGCUGGCUUACAGGUGAUCACCUUACCGGAGGAUGCCUUCCCCACCAGGAUUCCUUCCGGCUUUUUUCUGAUGGACGUAGUCCUUCGCUUCGAUUCCAUUAUGAAAGGCCGCUUGCUCCUCAAGCCAGGGCAGAAAGAGAGCACCAAGCAGGACAAGGUUGUGAUGGCGAAGGAAGAGAUGGAACGCCUCAAGCGUUUGCUGUCAGCUCGGCGCGCUGCCGCUGCUGCUCAACAGGAAUCGGCAGAUGAGGCUGAGGCUGCCGAGGAAGAGGAGUCUGAGCCUGGUACCCCAGAUGAGGCUGCCAGCGACCCUGAGACUGACACCGACACCUGCGCCAAGCAGAUGUCGAGCACAGAUGUGCCUGACGGUGAAGAUGGUGAGGAGAGCGACUCACAGGACUCUGAGAAAACCUUGAUUCUUGGUCAGACCAGCGAUCGUGACUCAGAUCUUGAUGAGGCUUCUCAAGACCAAGAUGUGGAGAUGUCAGACAGUGAGCCUGAGCCAACUCGCAGCGUGCUGAAGCGCAAGCGAAGUUGCUAUGAUGUUGAGGCUGAGUCGCUGAAGGUGAAUGGGCCAAAGCCCAAGUGCUCCGCCAAGAAGCGCAACAAGGGCAAGGCGUCCUUCCGUCGGGGCGUGCAGAAGGCCAACAAGACCAAGAAGGCCAAGAAGGGAGAGGGCACCAGCGAAGGCAGGGUUCAGGAUCCUAAAGGGAAUCUUUGUGAUGUCACCGUGGAUGUGCUUCUGAGAGCGAAGGCCUACUACAUCAAAAAGGCUACGCCGGCUGGUCGGCUUGGCCAGAUCAGUUGGAAGAAAUUUGGUGGCCCACAUCCGGCAUGGUGUAUAGCGCUGGACCAAGCUGCUUGCGGCAAUGCUGGCAAGAGCUGA